CGAACGCUGCUGGGUCUCUCUGCCUCAGCCCCCCGACACACACACACUCACACACCAUACACACACACCGACCCAACACAUGGAGUACUACCACGUUGUGUUUCUCUGGAUCUCUUGCAGCCUGCUGCCAGGGCUCCAUGACGGUUUCAACAUCGACACCAAGAACUACAGGAUCAUCAAGGGUCCCAAGCAGGCCCAGUUUGGAUACACCGUGCAGCAGCACGUUGCUGGGGGACAGAAGUGGUUAUUGGUGGGAGCUCCAUAUGAAACCAAUGGUCACCACCAGACAGGGGAUGUGUACAAAUGCCCAUUGGGCAAACGGUCCAACGGCAGCUGUUCCAAACUCAACCUAGGAAGGAUAUCUCUAACCAAUGUCGCCGAGCGAAAAGACAAGAUGAGGCUGGGGAUGACCCUGACAACCAACCCCAAAGACAACAGCUUUGUGGCCUGUGGACCCCUAUGGUCCUAUGAGUGUGGCAGCUCAUACUACAGCACUGGGAUAUGCUCCCGGGUCAACGCCAGCUUCAAAUUCUCCAAAACCAUAGCUCCAGCCUUCCAGAGGUGCGAGACCUACAUGGACAUAGUGAUUGUUCUGGAUGGUUCCAACUCCAUCUACCCCUGGACGGAGGUGCAAUCCUUUCUUAUCAACAUUCUACAGAAGUUCUACAUCGGACCAGGCCAGAUACAGGUUGGAGUGGUGCAGUAUGGGGAGAAGGUGGUGCACGAGUUCCAUCUGAAUGACUACAAGUCAGUGGAGGAGGUGGUGAAGAGAGCAAGCAACAUCCACCAGCGAGGCGGAGAGGAGACCAACACGGCACUCGGCAUCAACGUCGCUCGCUCAGAAGCAUUCAAGCGAGGAGCCCGACGAGGCGCCAAGAAGGUGAUGAUCGUGAUAACUGACGGGGAGUCACAUGACAGCCCUGACCUUCAGCAGGCCAUUGAGGACAGCGAGAAGGAUGGCAUCACCCGCUACGCCAUCGCUGUGCUUGGCUACUACAACCGGCGUGGAAUCAACCCAGAGGCAUUCCUGAAUGAAAUCAAGUAUAUCGCCAGUGACCCCGAUGACAAGCACUUCUUCAAGGUGACUGACGAGUCUGCCUUGAAGGACAUUGUGGAUGCGCUUGGGGAUAGGAUCUUCAGUUUGGAAGGGACCAAUAAGAACGGGACGGCCUUUGGCCUCCAGAUGUCCCAGGCUGGCUUCUCUUCACACUUUGUGGAGGAUGGGAUCCUGGUGGGGGCACCGGGGGCCUACGACUGGAAUGGAGCUGUCCUGAAGGAGACCCGACAGGGGAAGGUGGUCCCACUCAAGUCCUCCUACUCACAGGAAUUCCCAGAGGAGCUGAAGAACCAUGGUGCCUACCUAGGUUACACAGUAACAUCAGUGGUGUCGGCCAGGAACGGUCGACUGUACGUGGCCGGGGCACCGCGGUUCAACCAUACUGGCAAGGUCAUCAUCUUCACCCUGAAGAACACUGGUAACCUCACCAUCCUGCACUCCCUCAAAGGACAACAGAUUGGGUCGUACUAUGGGAGUGAGAUCUCCCCGGUGGAUAUAGAUGGGGACGGAGUGACAGACAACCUCCUGGUGGCAGCGCCCAUGUUCUUCAGUGGAGGCUGGGAGAAGGGCAAGGUGUACAUCUAUAGAGUGACUGAGCUGAAUCGUUUCAUCCUGGAGGGAGCGCUGGAGAUCCAGGACCGUGGUCAGAACGCUCGGUUCGGCUCCUCGCUGGCCCCGGUCCCUGACCUGAACGGGGACGGCUUCAACGACGUGGUGGUGGGGGCCCCACUGGAGGAUGACCAUAGAGGAGCUAUCUACGUCUUCUUCAGCCAACGCAACAGGAUUCUACGUAAAUACAAACAGAGGAUAGCUGCGUUAGACAUGGCCAGUGGCCUGCGCUACUUUGGCCGUAGUAUCCAUGGCAAUAUGGACAUGGACGAGGAUGGCCUGGUGGACUUGGCAGUGGGCUCCCUGGGGGCAGCCGUGCUUCUAUGGUCUCGCAGUGUCGUCCGAAUUCACGCCAACAUCAGGUUUGAACCGAGCAAGAUCAACAUCUUUGUGAAGGACUGUGAGAGGGGAGGCAAGGAAGUGACCUGCAUGUCAGCCAUAGUGUGUCUAAACGUCACCGCCCGGACAGCCAUACCUCCUACACAGGGAGUGGCUAUUACAUACAACACCACCAUUGGGGAGCGCCGAUUCAACCCCAGAGCCAUAAUGGACGACCCUGACAAACUGCUGUUUCAAAACCUGACCCUGCUUUCUGGAGAGGAGACCUGUCAACACAUCUACUUCCAUGUCAUGGAGACCACGGACUACGUGAGGCCCAUCGUGUUCACUGUGGAGGUGGCACUUAAGGAUCCCAACCAGGGCCCUACGCUGGACGACACCUGGCCCACCACCGUCAGGACUGAGCUCCCCUUCUGGAAUGGUUGUGAUGAGGACGACCGCUGCAUACCAGACCUGUCCUUACAGAGUACAACUGACCUGCUGUCUUGGAGGCAGUUCUGUGGGAAUGCAGUCCACUCCAGGGGUGCGAUGUGUCGGCGUCUGUCCGAAGGAGGGGCGGAGGGGUCAGAGCGAGUGAUGGAGGGAUCGAGGAGGAGGAUGGUGAUGGACGUUCGUCUGGAGAACAGGGGAGAGAACGCUUACGGCGCCCACCUCAACAUCACCUACACUCCUAACCUACGAUUCUCUAGUCUCAUAGUCAAGGACAACUCGGAUAUCAAGAUAGAGUGUCGCAGUGAGGACAGACAGAGGCAUGAGAGGACCUGCAACGUCAGCGCUCCCUUCAUGAGAGCCAAGACUCAGGUAUCUUUCCGUCUGGAGUUUGAGUUCAGCCGAUCAGUGUUCCUGGACCACGUACGAGUCAUUCUAGAAGCCAGCAGUGAUGGAGAGGAGGUUACCUUAGCAGACAAUUUCAACGACAUCUUUCACCCGCUGAAAUACGAGGCUGACCUCCUAUUUACAAGGGACUCCAACCCCUCUCGCUGUGAAAUCAAAGCAGACCUCUCGCUGGAGGUACCGGGAAAUAUUGGCCCUCCAUUCAACUUCACCUUCCAGAUCCAGAAUCUGGGCUUCUUUCCGGUGAGGGACCUGCAGUUGAAUAUAGAAAUUCCAGAGAUGACCAAAAACGGGAACCAGCUGUUGCAGAUAUCGGACUUCAAUAUUGACCAGACAGACGGUACCCGCUGCAUACCCCCUCAACAUGUGGCACAGAGCAGGGCGUCCCCAGAAGACCUCUCUCGAGUCUCACGCCUGAACCACUCCAAUACUCUGCCUCUGCCGGUCCAAUGCACUGUCAACCUGAACCCCUACAGGGAAGUCAGCGUCAGAAUCAGGGGGGCAUUACGGUUGGACGCCUUGCAUGCUCUGAGGUUCAAAGUCCUGGAACUGGUGACGAGCGCAUCAGUAGAACUUCCACCUUCAAGCCCCAUGUUUCUUCAUGAAGAAAGGCCUGUCAGACAUAUAAUCCUGGAGAUUAGGAAAGAAGGGGAUUACAGAAUCUCAAUCUGGAUUAUCAUUGGGAGCACGCUGGGAGGGUUGUUGCUGCUAUCCCUGCUCAGUCUAGCUCUAUGGAAGCUUGGCUUCUUCCAGAGGCAGAAGAGGAGAGAAGAGGAUGAGCAGGAGACCAAUGGAAAGGAGGAGGCGGAGGAGCGGUAACUAAUGCAGGCGAGGGACCAGCUAUCACACACACAGGGGACCCAACACUCAGGGACCGCCCCAUCCCCCCGCCCCGACACUACAGUGGUACAGUCCAGACGGCUCUGCAAGAUGAGACCGUCAGAUCAAGACCUGCUCAGUGCACUGGAUGACCAACUGUACCUGUAUGACCCAUGAUGAGACGUCAGCACUGCCAACCAUAAUGCCCUGCCCUCCACUGCCCUGCCCUCCACUGCCCUCCACUCCACUGCCCUCCACUGUAGUGCUGAGACUACUGGACCCUCCUCACCUCCCCUUCCCUGCCCCUUGUUACCCACCUCUAACCUCUACCCUGUAGCUAGACACCCUUCCCCAUGGUUACCCACCUCUAACCUCUACCCACCCUGCCCCUGGUUACCCACCUCUAACCUCUAACCUCUACCCACCCUGCCCCUGGUUACCCACCUCUAACCUCUACCCACCCUGCCCCUGGUUACCCACCUCUAACCUCUAACCUCUACCCACCCUGCCCCUGGUUACCCACCUCUAACCUCUACCCACCCUGCCCCUGGUUACCCA